UUAAUGAAGAUGCUGCUGAGAAUCGAUUUUUAGGCAAAUUGAGUUUAGCCUCUUCUUUGUUAAGCAAUACUGGCACGUUCCAGAACAUGUUUGGUAACAAUGCAGUCGGAUCCAACCACGGGCUGAAACCAUUUUCCAAAGUCAGUAAAUGGAUGCCCUCGUUCAAUAAUUUGGAUGUGUCCAGUGUGCUCUCCAAAUUUGAAACGUGUACGGCUGCAAGCCAAGAGGAAGGUAUCUGUGUUCCAGGUGCAGCUUGUUCCUUCUUCGGUGGCCGGCCAAGCGGCUCGUGUAACGUGAAAAACGUUUGUUGCGUCAAUGCUGUGGCAAGUUGUGGAAGGACAAUCACGCUCAACAAUACUUAUUGGCAAUCACCAAUGACCUUACCUUCUUCCUGCUCGUUGACUAUCAAACUAGACCCGACAUUGCUGGAACAGGGCCAGGAAAUUGUUCAAGUCCGUUUGGAUUUUAUGUCGUUCAGUAUCGGACAACCGAACGCUGAUGGUAAUUGCGCUACUGACGUUUUUCGUGUGAGCGGUGCCGACAAUACAGUACCCGAGAUUUGCGGCGAUAACGCCGGCCAGCACAUGUAUUUGGACGUGCCUUCAACUGGAACGGGAAUGACCUCUGCAUCAUCAAAGGAGAUUUAUCUUUCAUUCCAACUCGGAGCUCAAUCAAGUGCCUCGCGUGUAUGGAACAUUAAAGUCUCCAUGUUGGCUGCUGGCUCCAAAUAUCUCGCACCUCAGGAUUGUUUGCAAUACUACACGAGUCCUACUGGCCGAGUUCGUUCGUUCAAUUGGCAAGAUGUUGGUGGCACUGCUACACGACAACUCAACAAUCAAAACUACAACAUUUGCUUCAGAACUGAACUCAUUAACCGCCAGAGAGCCAAUGAGAUGUGCUUGUCCGUUUGUCCGGUCCAAAAUGGAGGUGAUGCUUUCCUGAUAACUACCCCAACAGCUGCAACCAAUCCAGCCGCCAUUGCGGCUAAUGCCCAAGCGGCCCGUGACGCAGCUAAACUUGCAACUGCGCAAACUUCUCUCAAUUCAGCCCAGUCAACGUUAACAACCGCGCAAACUACUUUAACAAGCGCUCAAAAUGCCGUAACAGCUGCUACACCAGCCAACAUGGCCGAGCUACAGGCCGCAGUGGCCACAGCGCAAUCCAAUCUAAAACUAGCGCAGAGCAAUCUCGCCGCAGCUCAAAAUGCUUUGCUGAGUGCAGGUACCAAUGCUACGCCCGAACAAGCCCAGGCCGUUAUAGACGCCCGGACAGCUGUAGCAACAGCCCAGGCGGAUUUGACAGCGGCCCAGGCCGCAGCCAACCCUCCUGAAUUGAUUGCAGCACAAACUGCGUUUGUUUCUGCCCAGUCUUCGUUCAACUCCGCCCAGUCUGCUUUUAAUAGCGCCCAAAGUUCGUUCAAUGCGGCCCAAUUAGCAUACACCACUUCCUCUAGCGCUGCUUCGGCCGCCAAUGCAGCCGCUUCAUUUUCUUCUUCUUCCGGCACGACUUUCACGACAACCACAACAACGUUCGGACGUCAAGAGCCUCCGGCUGACGUAAAAGCUGGAGAUGUGACUUACGGAGUUUGUCUAUACGAUUAUCUGCUCAUCGAUGGCGGAAGAGACGCCAAUAAUGCCGUGACGGAUCGUUAUUGUGGCAGUCAAAUGAAUCCGGCAAACGGUGGAAGCAACAGCGUCCAAGUUUGCACUCCCAUUAAACCAUUCCGGAUUACGUACCACACGGAUGGCACUGAAGGAGCAGUGACUGCCAGUGCGAAUGUCCUUCCAGCAACGGCUGAUACGGCAAACACUGGAUUCUGUUUAGACUUCCAAGAGCGAUAGAUUUUAAUGGAGAAAUGACAGCAUCAUUUGAUUUU